AUAAUCCUUUCCACGAGAAAGAAGAGACCAGAAAGUGCUGUCUUUAAAAAAAAAAACAAAAGGUCUCUUCGUCCAAAUCGACGAUUCUGGAAACACCGAAGAAAAUUAUCAAUCUUACAGAUCGUAUCAAGAAGGUCAAACGGUUAAGGAUGGAUGGAGAAGAUAAAGGAUCAAAGCUUCUGAUUUUGAUCUUUCAAACGUGCCUCCGCUUGACAAUCGAAAAGGACAACAAUUGUAGAUUAGAGAUCCAGGAACAUCGUUUUGCGGAUCAAAGUUAUUAGGGUUCUUUGAAUCAGCUUUGCGGAUAAAAGAUGGUUGAGUUCGUUUAUGGUCUCAUAAAGCAUCUGACUCAUACUUUAUCACAGAUCGACACUACAAUUACAAAGGAGAUAAAUCUUUACUAUUACAAAGAGUCUAAUUUGAGAGAAUUUCUAGCUACCGUCCAUAGACACUGCUAUUCCCUUUCCAUGUCAGGAGUUGGCAAGGUGUGCUAAAGGAUGAAGAUACAUGUAUUUUUUACACAAUACUCUACAUUCAGUAAUCCAGUAGGGUGGAAAGCGUUUCCAGAGCACCUUUUUUUAAUGAUGAAGAUAAGUUAUUGUUUUGUUCAAGUAUCUUAAACACUCGAUGUUAGUAAACAGUAUGUAAAAGACUUAUAGAUAAGUACUUCAACUUAGAUGUUCCUCUUUGCUAUAUACAGGAAUUAUCUCGCAAUAUGCUACAAAUACAACUUCUUUGCUGGGAUGAUAUGACACAAAGUAUGUAGUGAUGGACAUUGGACUCAGAUCGUUCACAGAGGAUAAAACACAAAGGAACAUCUUGUGGAGGAGGGAUAGAUGUAGAGCGUUUCAGAGACCCGCCCAAAUCCUUUUUCAUAGUUAGGAUGUAUGGCUAAACUUCAAUAUAAAAGAGGAGCAGCAAGACAUGAUACGCACACAAAAGGUAUGAAGGACCUUGACUUGGACCCACCAUUCAGGCUUGUACGGCCUGAUAUCGGACAGCUCGUCGAUUAGAGACUACCGUCGUUACUUCGCCGCGGAUUCUUCACCGGAAUCAGUAGAUCUACGUUCUCACAGCUUCGAUUCGAUUGUUUCUUCCUCCUGAUAUCUGUUUUGGAACACAAUGGUAUAUCACUCGAGCUUUGUGGAAGAAGAAGGGAUAACAAAGGCGUGUGGCUGUCCUUUGCUUCCUCUCAAGAGCCACAUCAAGGGUCCUGCACCUGUUUCAGAACAAGAUAGGACUGAUAUAGUGGAUGAGGCAAUCACGUUCUUCCGCGCGAAUGUCUUCUUCACAAACUUUCCUAUCAAAAGUCCUGCUGAUAAGCUCCUUAUUUACUUGACCUUCUACAUAAACGUGGCGUUGAAGAGGCUCGAAGGGUGUAGAACACUGGCUGUUGGAACUAAGGCGAUUAUCAACUUGGGUUUAGAGGAUAUCCCUGUUCCUGGGGAAACUGGGUUUCCGUUUCCUGGUCUCUUUUCACUUCCUUCGUCCCAGGAAGAAGCAGAUCUUUUCAGGAACUAUCUGAAGCAGGUUCGAGAGGAGACUAGUGGGAGGCUACUGAGUGUAGCGUAUAGAGCUAAUGGGACACCGAACAAAUGGUGGCUUGCAUUCGCCAAGAGGAAAUUUAUCAACGUGGUUCUCCUCUAAAUCUUCAUCACUGCUCCAUUACAAACGAAGGAUUCCCAAGCCAUUCGAGAUCAUGAGCACUUUCGCCUUUAGCUGAAAAUUUUGUAUUAGAGAAGAAAGGUUUCUCUCUGGGUCUCUAUAUAUACAUAGAUAUACGUAAGACUGUAAGAGUUUGUGACAGACUGACAGUGUAGUAUUAUUUCAUACGACUGUUUGGUGAUACAAGGUCAAAGUUACCGAGAAAUCGUUUGUUAUUA